AUGCCCCUCCCUGUAGCUGGGCUGGCUGCAAGAGUGCCACUGGCAUACGAAUUGCUAAGCGCGGGUAAACACGCAAAACCGAAUAAGAAAUCACCUAUUCUCUUCCUCCAUGGAUUUCUGGGAUCAAAACGAGAAAACAGGCAUGUGAGCAGAUAUGCUGCAGUCCCGAUACUGACAGCCCUGUCCCUACUAAGGCUACUUGCUAAGGACUUAACGCGGGAUGUCUAUACCCUGGACCUUCGAAACCACGGGGACUCUGGUCAUCACCCCAAGCACACCUACAGUGAGAUGGCUUUGGAUGUCAAGUCCUUCAUUGAAACUCAUCAAUUACAACGCCCCACGGUGAUUGGCCACUCAAUGGGCGCCAAGACUGCCAUGACACUUGCUCUGGGCUCACCAGACCUUGUAUCUAAGGUUGUCGCCGUCGAUAAUGGCCCUAUUGAACUCCCUCUUUCUCCAGACUUUAAAGUAUACCUUGAAUCCAUGGCCAAGGUUCAGAGUAUGCGUGUCACUACCCACCGCGAAGCUGACAAGAUUCUGCAAGACUCUGUAACGUCUCCCUCAGUCAGAUUAUGGCUCUUGAGCAAUUUCAUCAAGGAGAAAGAUGCCUCUCACCUAAAGCUGAGACUGUCAGUGGAUAUCCUGAAAGACGCACUUGGCCCAUUGGGGGAGUUUCCUUACGCCACAGGAUCUGGAAAAUUCUCAAACCCGGUUCUUUUUGUUCGGGGUCUGCAGAGUCACUAUGUCCCCGAGACUGCAUUUCCCUUGAUGUCCUCCAUCUUUCCGCGCUCUGAGAUUGUCAACAUUGAUUGUGGACAUUGGGUAGUACAGGAAAAGCCGGAGGAACUCAGGCAAGGUUUCUACAAAAGCACAACUAAGCCCCACUAG